GCCGGGCUCUUUGUUUUCUUUUCUGGCCCGGGGUCGGGGCCGGAGGCCCGCAGAGCGCAUGCUCUGGGGCAGUUCGCGGCCGGGCCGGCGAGCGGAGGAGUUCCUUGUGGCGGACCUGCAGCGAGAUAUACCUGGAUUCCAUUCCUGGCUCUCUUUUCCGGCUGUGCCAACUUAAGCAAGUAAAUCUACUUCUCUGCACCCCAGUUCCCUCAGCUGUUAAAUAAGAGUGACAGAGCCCUCUUCAGCUUGUUGUGAGAAGUUAAAGGUUGUUAGAAGGACAAGAAGAUGCCACCCAAGCGUAUAGCUAAGAGAAGGUCUCCCCCAGAAGAUGCCCUCCCCAAAAGCAAGAAGGUGAAGGUCUCCCAUAGGUCCCACGGCACAGAACCAGGUAUGGUGCUGACACUGGGCCAGGGCGACGUGGGCCAGCUGGGGCUGGGCGAGAAUGUGAUGGAGAGGAAGAAGCCAGCCCUAGUGUCCAUUCCAGAAGACAUCGUGCAGGCUGAGGCUGGGGGCAUGCACACUGUGUGCCUAAGCAAAAGUGGCCAGGUCUACUCCUUUGGCUGCAAUGACGAGGGUGCUCUGGGAAGGGAUACGUCAGUGGAGGGCUCAGAGAUGGUCCCUGGGAAAGUGGACCUGCAAGAGAAGGUGGUACAGGUGUCAGCAGGAGACAGUCACACAGCAGCCCUCACCGAGGAUGGCCGUGUCUUCCUCUGGGGCUCCUUCCGGGACAAUAAUGGUGUGAUCGGGCUCUUGGAACCCAUGAAAAAGAGCAUGGUGCCCGUGCAGGUGCAGCUGAGCGUGCCUGUGGUGAAGGUGGCCUCAGGAAAUGACCACUUGGUGAUGCUGACAGUUGGUGGCGACCUCUAUACUUUGGGCUCCGGGGAGCAGGGCCAACUGGGCCGCGUACCUGAAUUAUUUGCUAAUCGUGGUGGCCGUCAGGGCCUUGAACGACUCCUGGUCCCCAAGUGUGUGAUGCUGAAAUCCAGGGGAAGCCGGGGCCAUGUCAGAUUCCAGGAUGCCUUCUGCGGUGCCUACUUUACCUUCGCCAUCUCCUCUGAGGGCCAUGUAUAUGGUUUUGGCCUCUCCAACUACCAUCAACUUGGAACCCAAGGCACAGAAUCCUGUUUUAUACCUCAGAACCUAACAUCCUUCAAGAACUCCACCAAGUCCUGGGUGGGCUUUUCUGGGGGCCAGCACCAUACAGUCUGCAUGGAUUCAGAAGGAAAAGCAUACAGCCUGGGCCGGGCUGAGUAUGGGCGGCUGGGCCUUGGGGAAGGUGCUGAGGAGAAGAGCGUACCCACUCUGAUCCCCAGGCUGCCCACGGUCUCCUCAGUGGCUUGUGGAGCCUCUGUGGGGUAUGCUGUGACCAAGGAUGGUCGUGUUUUCGCCUGGGGCAUGGGCACCAACUACCAACUGGGCACGGGACAGGAUGAAGAUGCCUGGAGCCCCGUGGAGAUGACAGGCAAACAGCUGGAGAACCGGGUGGUCUUAACUGUGUCCAGCGGGGGCCAGCACACAGUCUUACUAGUCAAGGACAAGGAACAGAGCUGGUGAAGCCUCUGAGGGCCUGGUUCCUGGCCCCCCUACCCUCCCUCUUGGAACAGGGAAGCCGUGACGACUGCGUGUUCCAGCAGGCCUCUCCCAGCCCCAACUACUCUGUCACCUCCUGCCUUUUCCUCAUCAGCAGAACAGAACCCUUCUCCCCUUUAUGCCCCACUCUUUUCUGGAAUCAUCCUGGGACCUACAGGAUGAGGGUGGGAUAGAUGGAAGAGAGGGGAGGGGUUUUUAUCAGAAGGAACAUUGCUCACCCCACAACAAUAUGGUCAGACCUUCCCGCUCAUCCCUACUUCCUCUGGCACUGGCUGACCCUGGUUUUGCCUCUCCAAAACCAAAACUUCCUCCCCUGCGUGUUUGGUGCCCAGAUACGCUGAGAAGUCAGGCUCCAUCAAGCCCCGCUCUAGUCCUGUGCCACUCUUCCCGUCCUUCACAGCCCACAGGCGGACACAUGGUACAGUCGUCAGACCCAGCUGUCAUGGACCUAUGCCUGGGGGAAACUGGAGAAGGGGAAGGCUACCCAGCCAUGGGCAACCCCAAGCCAAAUAUUUGGCCCUGAACAGGUGCCCAUGGGGCAAAAAGAAAAACAGGGCUCCUCUGUUUGAUCAAGAAAAAAGCCAAUCCACCUUUCUCCCAGAAGCACAAAGCAUUCUGUCCUUCAGGCCUUGUCUGCAGUCUCCCCCAUCCAUCCUGCCUCACCUGCAGCCGAGGGCCUGAAAUCUGGAAAGGCAGCUGUGCCUGCAGGGCAGGACUUGCGGGGAGAGGGGAAGGAGGGCUUUAUAAACAAACUUAAAGCAAUAUUGAGAGUGAAGGGAGGGAGGGGAAGAGGGUUGGAGGGGUAGAGGCUGGUCCCCAGAAAGGGAAACAGCAGCAUGUAGUGGCUGAAAAAACAGGAAAGGGUUUUGAUUUUCUUUUUUUUAAAUGUAAAGUAUUUUGGAGGAGAGAGUGAAAUCUUUUAACACUUUGAAUAAAUUUAGAGUUUUAUAAAACAGGCCACUUAUUUUCUACACACUCCCUGCUUUUUUAAGGGAGCACCUGCUGUGUUGGGAAGGGCAGAAUGACCCCAUGCCUGUAGACCUGGGGAAGACUAGGACUUCAGUGAUGUCAAGAAGUCCUGGUAUGUGUCAGCUGUUCAUUUUUUGUUACUUGUUGUUUUGUUUUUGUUUUUUGUAUGAAACAGUGGCUGUUCUAGACAAAUCAAAAUGAGUUGAUUGGUUUUUGUUAGGUAUUUAUGUUUCAAGAAUCACUGGAUUUUUAAAAAAUUAUAUUGUACAGUA